UCAAAGCGACUAUGGGAAGCUCGAAAAGCGGUUGGCAGAGUUCAGCCAUCCGUUCCUUGGUGAAGAUUUGAUCAGCCUCUCCAGUGGGAAAGUCUGUUCUGCUCAAGCAACCUCCGAUCUCCUAUCCAGUCACACGCAGGGAAAGAGUGCAAUGAGCAAGUUCGUGGCAGACCGCUUGGAGAGUCAGGCAGUUGAUUUCUUCACACCGAUAUCACGGCUGAACCUGAAGACGUUCUCGGAAACCAAAUCUGCAGCAAAGAAGUCUUCCAAGACAACAGCGAUCGUGGCAGAUAGGAGCUUAUUCGGCCGGCUACUAGUUAUGGCUCAAUCAAGGUCAUUCGACUUGAAGGAACUCUUCCAGCAUGAGCUUGGACCAGUCCCAUGGGCCCUGGCCAACGCAGACGGAUCCCUUGUGAAGACUCCAAAGAGUAAGCUGCUGCUUGCUCUUGAGAAGAAAGUUGACCCACUGGAGUCAGUUCCGCGUGGUCCUGCCGUUAUGGUCGACGCGAUGGCAUUACUGCAGAGCUACACAUCUGCGCCACCGACAUUCGGACAGCUCAGCGAACAAGUCUUCAAGCAGCUAGUCUCCUACCUUCCAGCUACACCUCCAGCACGAGUUGACUUCGUAGCAGAUCAAUACCACACUGCGUCGAUUAAGUCGUGCGAACGCUCAAAGCGAACGGCCUCAACUGAGCCCCUGCGAGUGGCAGUACAACGUCCAGACCAGGCUAUUCCUACUCAGUGGAAGCGGUUCAUGGCAAGCGGAGCGAAUAAGGCCGGCCUAAUCCAGUUCUUCGCUGACCAUUGGAGUUCUACACCGGAGCUCAAGGCAACAUUGGGUGUCGGUCGCAGUGUAUUCAUAACCGUGGGACAGCAGUGCUACGUGUUGCAAGAAGAAGAAGGGAAAUGGACACUUUCACGGCACCAGGCAGUGUCCAGGUUGACCAGCAAUCAUGAGGAAGCAGACACCCGGCUGAUCCUUCAUGCCGCUGAUGCUGUGCAGCAAGGAUUCCCAGAUGUUGUCAUUCGGUCGCCAGACACGGAUGUAGCCGUGAUUGCCAUUGGCUCCGCUAGCAGCAUUCCCGGUCGGCUCAUAUUCCAGACUGGCACGCAGCAACGGAGGCGGUUCAUCGACCUUACCCAGCUGUCACAGAAGCUGGGCCCCCUGGUUUCGUCUGCAAUUGUUGGACUGCAUGCUCUUACUGGGUGUGACAGUGUCAGUUCCUUUUCUGGGAAGGGAAAGACUGCUCCGCUGAAGCUGCUCCUGUCAAGCACGCGAAUGGCAGAGGCACUGGCGACACUGGGUGUCAAUGCUACAUCGGAUGACCAGCUGCUUUCGGAAUGUGAGUGGUUUGCGUGUGCCUUGUAUGGCAAUCCUGGCCAGCAAGACAUCAACAGCCUGCGCUACCAAAAGUUCUGUGCGGCCACAUCCUGUGCUCCUCACAAACUACCGCCCUCACGCGACGCUCUCCAUCAACAUGUGGCCAGGGCUAACUACCAGGCCCACAUUUGGCGGAGCGCCACCACUGCGAUGCCAGAAGUACCGAGUCCAGUGGGCCAUGGCUGGCAGUCGGAGACUGACGGCACGCUUUCCAUCUCCUGGAUGCUGCAGCGCGUCGCUCCUGCUGACAUACUAAAACUGGUGAGCUGUGGGUGCAAGACAAGGCACUGCGUAAGUCAGCACUGUUCGUGCAAGAAGGCGUCCUUGGCUUGCACGGACAUCUGCUCGUGCUGCUCAUGCGCCAAUCCGUUUGGGGCCGUACUCGAACAGAACGACAGCUCCGGUGUCGCAGAUGUGGGAACAACUGCAUGUGAAGGCGACCAAAACAGUGAGAGCGAGGAAAGUACUGGUGCUGACGACUUUGAAGAGUCUGACUCCAGCUCAGAUUCUGAUGAGGAUCCAGAUCAGGAGUUGGACGACUCGCUGUAG